GAGCUUGCUCCCUGCUGGGAGAGAAAGGCGGUUCAUACUUGCCUAAGAACUUGGGAGGUGGCGCCAGGGCUGGAGUCCCUCCAGCAGCUGACUGCCCACAGCAGAGCCCGACUGUUUAGCCACCUCUGCACCGUCCAUCCAGUAACAGCCUCCCAGAGUUUCGUUCUGCAUCAGGAAAACCUUGACGCCCAGGAUGACCCUGUCCAAUUCCACGACUGUUCUGCCCUUUCUGGCCUCGCUGUGGCAGGAGACAGCUGAACAGGACGGCAACGUGUCGGGCCUGGCUCGUAGGUCUCAGCUCCGAGAUGACAGCAAGCUGGAGGCUCUCUAUAUUCUCAUGGUGCUGGGCUUCUUCGGCUUCUUCACCCUGGGCAUCAUGCUAAGUUACAUCCGAUCCAAGAAGCUGGAGCACUCCCACGACCCUUUCAAUGUGUACAUCGAGUCAGAUGCCUGGCAGGAGAAAGGCAAGGCCUUCUUCCAGGCCCGAGUCCUGGAGAGCUUCAGAGCUUGCUAUGUCAUUGAAAACCAGGUGGCUGUUGAGCAGCCUGCCACACACCUGCCUGAGCUGAAGCCAUUGUCAUGAACUCGGUAGCUGGUUAAGAAUAGACAAGCCCUACAGGUGGCAAGCUGGUCUUUCUAGUCACAUGCCUGCCGUGGUCUUUAUUGUAGGGGUACCAUUGAGUUUUUGUGAAAGAUUGUGAGGGGUGAAUUAAUGACACCAGCUUUCUGAAAUCGCAUUCUUUCUAUAGUAGACAGUCGACUUAUCCUGCAGCGCCUGCCCUUGUCUCUGUAAAUCUAGCACGGUCCCAGACGUCGUGGCUUCUGAGAAUACAAGCUGAGUUUCC